UCCAUUUUUUUUGCCCGGGCGACGAAGUGCGCAUGUGCGUUGACUGUUCGCUGGCGCAGUUGGCCUCGUGGUCCCCGUGGUAGCGGGUCGGGAGGAAUCGCCAUGUUGGUGCUUUUUGAGACCGCCGCUGGCUACGCUCUCUUUAAGGUCCUUGAUGAAAAUAAACUCCGUGAAGUGGAUAACUUAUGGCGGGAAUUUGAAACAGCAGAAAAAGCAAAUAAAUUAGUAAAGCUAAAACAUUUUGAAAAAUUUCAGGAUACAACAGAAGCACUUGCAGCUGCUACUGCCUUGGUGGAGGGUAAGCUUGGUAAGAGCCUAAAGAAAGUUCUGAAGAAGGUUGCUGCAAAGGAGGCUCAUGAACAGCUUGCUGUUGCAGAUGCCAAACUUGGUGGCGUCAUCAAAGACAAGUUUAACCUGAGUUGCAUUCACAAUGCUACUGUUGCAGAGUUGAUGAGAGGAAUCCGGUCUCAGGUGAAUGGGUUGAUCACUGGCUUACCACCUCGAGAGAUAAGCGCAAUGUCUCUUGGUCUUGCACACAGUCUGUCCCGUUACAAGCUGAAGUUCAGUCCUGACAAGGUGGAUACCAUGAUUGUGCAAGCGAUCUCUUUACUGGAUGAUUUGGACAAGGAGCUGAACAAUUACAUAAUGCGCUGCAGGGAAUGGUAUGGCUGGCAUUUCCCUGAACUUGGUAAAGCUGUCACUGAUAACUUGGCAUACUGCAAGUGUGUUCAGAAACUGGGGAACAGAACUAAUACUGCCACCACAGAUCUUUCAGACAUUUUACCAGAGGAAGUGGAAAGUGCUGUGAAGAUUGCAGCUGAAAUAUCUAUGGGAACAGAGGUGUCUGAUGAAGAUAUUGAACACAUUACACACCUUUGUGAUCAGGUAGUGCAGAUCUCAGAGUACCGUACCCAGCUCUAUGACUACCUGAAGAACAGAAUGAUGGCAAUAGCUCCUAACUUGACGGUGAUGGUUGGAGAAUUGGUUGGAGCCAGACUAAUAGCACAUGCUGGCUCGUUGUUGAACUUAGCAAAACACCCUGCAUCCACUGUACAGAUUCUAGGUGCAGAAAAAGCUUUGUUCAGAGCACUGAAGACAAGAAGGGACACCCCAAAAUAUGGUCUUAUUUACCAUGCAUCAUUAGUGGGGCAGACAACUCCAAAGAACAAGGGCAAGAUUUCCAGGAUGCUGGCAGCCAAGACAGCCUUAGCAAUCCGUUAUGAUGCACUGGGUGAAGAUACAAAUGCAGAAAUGGGUGUUGAGAACAGAGCCAAGCUGGAGGUCAGGAUACGGAACUUAGAAGAAAAGGGGAUGAGAAAGAUAAGUGGUACAGGAAAGGCUCGAGCAAAAACUGACAAAUAUCAGCAUAAGAGUGAAGUGAAAACAUAUGACCCAUCCGGGGACUCAACUCUACCCUCUGUCCCAAAAAAGCGGAAAAUUGAGGAAGUGGAAGUGGAUGACGGGGAUAUCCAAGAGGAAGUCAAAUCCAAGAAAAAGAAAAUGCUUUCAGAGCACAUAAAAACAGAAGAGGGUGAGCAACCCCCAAAGAAGAAGAAAAAGAAAGAAAAGAAGCAAGAGUUAAUGGUGAAACAGGACGAGGAGGUGGAGGAGGAGCCAUCAGUUUCUUUUGUUACAGAGACUCCAGAGAAAAAGAAGAAAAAGAAAAAAAAGAAAGUGGUUGAUGAAUAAAUUAUGUUCAAAUUGUUUGGACAUUCAAUUUAUUUUUUGUAGUUGUCUGAAAGUGUUAAUAUUUUUUUCUAAUUGCUGUGAAAUGUCUUCUGUUGGCAUAUCUUGUUGAUUUUCUUUUCUGUAAGAUGUUACAAAGGCAUACGUACACGACGCUGGAAGAACUCAGCAGGUCAGGCAGCA